AUGGCGACUAGCAAGGUAGUACUCGUAACAGGCGCGUCUCGAGGCAUUGGUCAAGCAAUCGCACGUUUUCUAAUUGAAGCACCUCCCCAACACAAACUUGUGCUAACUGCACGAACUUCGCAACCUCUGGAAGAGCUCAAGUCACUCGCGCCCGAUCGUGUAGACUACGUGGCAGGCGACAUUUCCGAUGCAGCAGUGAUCGAGAAAGCAGUGAACACAGCCGUGAGGAAGUUUGGUGGACUGGACGGUUUGAUUUUGAACCAUGGCACGCUAGGACAUGUGAAGACUGAUUGGCAAGAAGACUUUACGACCAACUUCUUCUCUGCUGCUUAUGCUGCCAAGGUAGCAAUUCCCGAAUUAAGAAAGACGAAAGGCAGGAUAGUAAUAACGAGCUCGGGAGCAGCCCAAGGAGCAUAUCGUGGAUGGGCUGUCUAUGGCGCAUCAAAAGCAGCGCAGAACCAUCUGUGCCUUUCCCUCAGAGCUGAAGAGGCCGACAUCACGACAAUCGCGGUUCGACCAGGCAUGGUAGAUACUAAUAUGCAACGUUCAAUUCGAGAGCAGCAUGUUGAGAACAUGGACGCAGAAGACAUGAAAAAAUUCCAAGGCGCAUUCGACGAAGGUAAACUCGUUAAGCCGGAACAAUGUGGACAUGUAAUUGCGAAGUUGGCGGUAGCGGCAACGCCUGACCUGAGUGGCAUGUUCCUGUCGUGGAACGAUGAGAGACUUACAGACUACCAGCUGAGGAAGUGA